GCCCGCGGGCUCGCGUCUGGCCCGCGCCCGGCGGCGGGGCAUGGGGCCGCGGCGGGGCUGAAGGUCGCUGCUCGCCUCGCCGCCCGCCAUGACCUGCACCAUCGAGAAGAUCCUUACGGACGCGAAGACGCUGCUGGAGCGGCUGAAGGAGCACGACACGGCAGCCGAGUCGCUCAUCGAUCAGUCCGCCGUCCUGCACCAGCGCGUGGCCGCGAUGAGAGAGGCGGGCGCGGCGUGGGCCGAGAAGGGCCCGGGCACCGCGGCCGAGCGGACCGACCUGUCCCGGCUGCGGCCGCACGUGCUUCUGUCGCAAGAGAACACGCAGAUCCGCGACUUGCAGCAGGAGAACAGGGAGCUAUGGAUCUCGCUGGAGGAGCACCAAGAUGCAUUAGAGCUUAUCAUGAGCAAAUACAGGAAGCAGAUGUUACAGCUUUUGCAAGGAAGAAAAAGUGAAGAUGCAGAACCAGUCUUGAAAGCUCAUCAAGCUAGUUCAUUGGAAAUUGAAAGUCAAAUAGACAGAAUAUGUGAGAUGGGAGAGGUGAUGAGAAAAGCUAUUCAAGUCGAUGAUGAUCAGUUCUUUAAAGUUCAGGAGAAGCUAGCUCAGUUGGAGCUUGAAAACAAAGAGCUGCGUGAACUGUUGUCAAUCAGCAAGGAAUCUUUUGAGGUGGGGAGAGAAGAUCUGCCUGACUGAAGCUCGGGUCACAAAAUAACAUCUCCACAUCGUGACUACAGAGACUAUUGUGAAGCUACCCUACAAGGAUGAGUUUGGUUUGUUCUUUUAGGUGUUUCCUUGUAUGUUUGUUUUAUCCUUCAAAAUGGGCUGUUUUCUCUGCAUUUUUUCUGACAUUACAUACUGUUAAUGGUAAAGGCUUGCAUUGCUGCUCUGUCUUAGUAAUGCUUGACAACGAACUAUUUGAUGUGUACUCCCUUGUGAUGGUUUAUUUCCUCUCUUGUUUGUUAUUUUUUAUGAGCUUUAGUUGGUAAUUCCAGCUGUGCAGGUGGCACUUAAAUCUAUCUGCCUUGUCUGUAGCUAGAGAACAUAAUACCAGUUAUGAUUCUUUUCUUUGAUAGAAGGAAUAAGAGAGUAUUCUAGAACUACAUUGUAAAUGGUAGGUACACAUUUUGCUCUGCCUGCAUAAAGCAGGCUCACAGAGCUUGGUGGCAGAUCAAGAGAACAGCAGAUAGCCAACAGGGCAGUUCAAGUAGUAACUCGUAUAAGGAACAUAUUUUACCUUGAUUUAGGAGUGAAAAUCAGAGUGGGUGACCCUCUCUGUCACUUGUGCACUUUUGAAGGACAUUUUACAUGUCUGACAAUAUUUUUUUAUGGCUAGACCUGUUCUGGCUUCACCAAUUCUGCCAGGAGUUUGGGUCCUGGAUAGCUCUGAGCUGAAGGCAGCGCACUCAACCCGUGCAGGCCAUUGCUGUUUCAGAUCAAAGCUCUUUGGCCUCUUAACACUUUGAACUUCAGGAAGAGCGAGCUGAGGUCUGUCUUAAGACUAAACCAAAAGCAACUAUGUAGGCAGGUUUUUAAUGUUAUGUCACAGGUAAGUGUAGUGACAGAUGCUACGUAGUUAUUGCAGAGUCCUGUAUUGAGUGAGAUUAAGUUGCAGUGUUGUAGGAAUUUAUCAAUAUUGUGAUAUUUUUAAUGACAUUUUUAUAUAAAGAUUUCUGUGUUUCUUACCUGUGAUCAAAUGAUAAUCCUCCAGGAACAGGAAACAUCUCAUUUCCAGUAUUAAAUUGUUCUGCCACUUUGUCACGGGUGAGAGUUUUGGUAGAUGCAAAAGGUUCCUGUGUUUAUUGAAGAGCCAUUUUCUUGCAACCAUUUGGAAUAUCCAGCAAGAUUGUUUGUUAGAUAUAAGGGAUUUCUGUACAGGAGUAUUCUUGUAUGCAAUCCUUUUCUAUUAGAAAUUGUUUAACAGGGAAUAAAAGAAACCCAGUGGGAAGUA